CAUCCUUCAUCUGCCUCUGGCCCGUCGCUCUUUGGCCUUCAUUCCUGGCACAUAGAGCAAUUGGUACUUCUCUCUGUGAUUUUCCAGACAUUUGUAUAGGGCUAUUUCUCAAGUGGCUAUCUCCGUGUUCCGUUACGACAUUCCUUUCGGUUUCUACCAAUCAAGCUCUUUUUUUCACCAACAAACACUUCCUUCGGUGACCGAAGACUAUCGGACAAGGCUUGAGCUACUAAUGGCGCCCUCAACCUCAUAUACCCAGCUUCUUCGCCGUGAUUCCCCUGACUCUAAUGACUCCAACAAAAUAACUCCGGUUAUCAUUACCGGAUUUGUGGUUGCAGGUGUCGUCGUAGCUGUUGUCAUAGGGUGGCUGUUUGUUCGCCUCCUCCGGAAGAGGAACGUUAAGAAGAGGAAGGAAGAGAGGAGUGGGGCUUUCCUUACCGUCAAGGGUGUCGUGAAGGAUGGCCAGGAGUCGUUGCCCAGUGUCUCCAUUGGAUCCGCUGCAAAUGAUUUCUCUAGAACGCAGAUGGGUCCGUCGAUUGUUAUGCCUAACAAGGCCAUAAUCAAUCCCAACGCCACAAAGGAUGAUAUUAUUCGGUACCACACAGAAGCUGGAAACAUCACCCGACCCUUCUCAUUUGCUCUCAAGCCCCCUCGUAUUCUCGGCCACUCUCCCUCCAAUUCUACCAACAGUCGUCCCGUAUCCACUGUUUCCUUCCUCACCGCCGAUAGGUCUUCUCCGCGCACCUCUAUGUUCGGCCUUGAUUGGCGUUCGUCUUCUAUCUCUGCUUUUAGUUCCUCUUCUACGAGUCGCGGUGUGGAGAGCCGCAAAGUUAGACAGCUCUUCAACCCAGUCCUUCCCGAUGAGCUUGUCAUCAACCUCGAAGAGAAGAUCACAGUCGUUCAAUCUUUUGACGAUGGCUGGUGCAUCGUCGGACGCGAUAGCAUGCUUAAAUCAGGAGAUGUUGAAAUGGGCGCCGUCCCUGCGUGGGUGUUCGUCAAACCGGUCAAGGGCCUCAAGGCGGAGCGCCCGAUGCGUAGCAGCAGCCUUGGCGUCACCGUCGAGAUGGACGCUGGACCUGGGUUCUCCUCCAGAGAAGAGCUUGUUUCGUGGUCAAACUUCUGAUUCUGCAUCCUCACGCCAGUUUGGUCGCUUUUCCGUCCGAUCACUCACUGUCCUUAUGUGCCCGUUCGUUGCCCUGGAUAUCAAGUGUAUUAACUCGUACGAUCCCCUCCCACACCAUGUCAACCAUCUCUUCUGCAAGUUCCGCUUUGUUCAUCUUCUGCAUGUAGUCUUUCCGAAUCAUCUUGUGAUCGAUACCCAUUACUUACUUUUCUCACGUCUUGAUGACACUUCACCGUGAUACCUCUGCCACAUGAUUGGUCUGUCGCUCACGUCUUCAUACUUCCAACGAUACUGCUGGCUGACCCGCUUCGGAGUCCAUACUGGAUCAGUAAUUACCUUAUACUGCAGGGUUCUCUAUCCUGACUUGCUAUGUUUCACCU